AUGGGCGAGAAUGGAUUUACCCAUCAACCCGGGGGCCGGUGGCUGCGGGUGCAGCGGACUGUGUGCCCACUCACAAGGGCUGCCGUAGCCACACGCCGGGGCGUGGGCACAGGGGCUCAAUCCUGUCUGGCCGCUGGGCCCCUCCUCGCUGAGCCAGUGCGGGAGCGUGGCCCCAGCACCCUGCGGCUCACAGGGCCCAUUCGCUUCCGGAUCCUGGCGGUGCCACGCGUAGCCACGGGCCCCGAGUCUCGGCCAGGAGUCCCACAGGCAUUCUGUGUUGAGGAGCAAUUUCCUAUCCGCGGGCACCGGGCACGCUGCUCAGGCACGGGAGCCUCCCGGCCGCGGCUCCGUGAUGCUCGGUGGCCUGACUGCAAGGACUUCCUGAUGGAGACCUUCAUCAUGUUCAAGGACCUGAUUGGGAAGAACGUGUACCCCGGGGACUGGAUGGCCAUGGGCAUGGUGCAGAACAGGGUCUUCCUGAGAGCCAUCAACAAGUUCGCCGAGAUCAUGAACCAAAAGUUCCUGGAGCACACGCACUUCGAGUUCCAGCUGUGGAACAAUUAUUUCCAUCUGGCAGUGGCUUUUAUCACGCAGGAUUCUCUGCAGCUGGAGCAGUUCUCCCACACCAAGUACAACAAAAUCCUGAGCAAGUACGGCGACAUGAGGCGAUUGAUUGGCUUCUCCAUCCGUGACAUGUGGUACAAGCUGGGCCAGAACAAGAUCUGCUUCAUCCCCGGCAUGGUGGGGCCCAUCCUGGAGAUGACGCUCAUCCCCGAGGCCGAGCUCCGGAAAGCCACCGUCCCCAUCUUCUUCGACAUGAUGCUGUGCGAGUUCCAGAGGAGCGGCGACUUCAAAAAGUUCGAAAACGAGAUCAUCCUGAAGCUGGACCACGAGGUGGAGGGCGGCCGGGGCGAUGAGCAGUACAUGCGGUUGCUGGAGUCCAUUCUGAUGGAAUGCGCGGUGGAGCACCCGGCCAUCGCCAAGUCUGUGGAGAACUUCGUGAGCCUGGUGAAGGGGCUGCUGGAGAAGCUGCUGGACUACCGGGACGUGAUGGCGGACGACAGCAAGGACAACCGCAUGAGCUGCACUGUGAACCUGCUGAAUUUCUACAAGGAUAACAACCGGGAGGAGAUGUACAUAAGGUAUCUGUACAAGCUCCGAGACCUCCACCUGGACUGCGACAACUACACGGAGGCGGCCUACACGCUGCUCCUGCACACCUGGCUGCUCAAGUGGUCGGAUGAGCCGUGCACAUCGCAGGUGGUGCAGACGGGCCGGCAGUCCCCGCAGACGCACCGGCAGCUGAAGGAGGCGCUCUACGAGACCAUCAUCGGCUACUUCGACAAAGGAAAGAUGUGGGAGGAGGCCAUCAGCUUGUGCAAGGAGCUGGCAGAACAGUACGAGAUGGAGCUCUUCGACUACGAGCUGCUCAGCCGCAACCUGGUGAGGGCCCAGCCCCAGCCUCUCCACACCUCCCCUGUGCACCGAGGGCCCAGCCCCAGCCUCUCCACACCUCCCCUGUGCACCGAGGGCCCAGCCCACACCUCCCCUGUGCACCGAGGGCUCAGCCCCAGCCUCUCCACACCUCCCCUGUGCACCGAGGGCCUGCUGCAUGUGCAGACGCCGGGGCUCAGCAGACAGCGCUGCGGCUCCACCGUCCUCAGCCCCAGCCUCUCCACACCUCCGCUGUGCAUCGAGGGCCUGCUGCGUGUGCAGACGCCGGGGCUCAGCGGACAGCGCUGCCGCCCCACCGUCCUCAGCCCCAGCCUCUCCACACCUCCCCUGUGCACCGAGGGCCUGCUGCGUGUGCAGACACCGGGGCUCAGCAGACAGCGCUGCGGCUCCACCGUCCCCGCCAGACCCCACAGCCAGUCCCACAUCCCCAGCCCCAGCCCCGUCUGGCUCCGUUCUGGGGUCAGGAGACAGAAAAGAAACAGAGGCCUGGCCCUGAGCUCGGGUCACUGUUCCCACACUGCGGCCGUGGCGGGGCCAUGGCCACAGGCAGCAGGUGGGGAGCGGGGAGGGGUGGCCCCCCCAGGCGGCUGGGCAGCUUGUGGUAAACUCCCCUAG